AUGUCAGAUCAAUUAGUGCCCGAAACACGGGUGCUCGCCGUGGCAAGUCAUGUCGUCUACGGUCAUGUCGGAAACACAAUGGCGACCUUUGUCAUGCAAUCUCUUGGCUGUGAAGUUGCCGCCUUGAACACUGUCCACUUCAGUAACCACUCUGGGUACCGCCAGCUCAAGGGAACCCGUGCUACUGCACAGGAGAUCUCGGACCUCUACCAGGGCCUUUGCCAGAGUAACCUCACUGAUUUUGAUGUCAUGCUAUCCGGCUAUGCCCCAAGCGCAGCAGCCGUCGAGUCCGUAGGAGCCAUUGGAAUCGAUCUGCAGCAAAAGGCAGAAAAUAAACCAGGCUCCUUUUUCUGGGUCCUGGACCCGGUCAUGGGUGACCAAGGUCGUCUGUACGUGAACGACGAUGUAAUCCCCGCUUAUAAGAAGAUCGUCCCAUUUGCAGACCUGAUCCUGCCUAACCAAUUUGAAGCCGAAGUACUCUCCGGUGUUCAAAUCACUUCGCUGGAAACCCUGGCUGAAGCAAUCACCGCCAUUCAUCGCAUCUACUCUGUGCCCCAUGUCAUCAUCACUUCCGUGCAACUCUUUAAGCUCUCCCAAAGUGGCUCCACACCUCCACCCCCAGAGAACUUCUUGACAGUGAUCGGCUCCACCACCAAGUCCGAUGGGUCCCCACGUAUCUUCCGUGUGGACGUUCCAGCCCUAGACUGUUUCUUCAGCGGCACCGGCGAUAUGUUCGCUGCACUGACAGUCGCCCGACUGAGCGAGGCUGUCUCGGAUACAGGCAAUGAUCUACGUGCUACUAAGUCUUGGGUCUCUCCCGAUAGUGUCGCUGCGGUGGACCUGCCGCUUGCCAAGGCUGCUAUUAAGGUCCUGUCUAGCAUGCACAGCGUGUUGGAGCGGACGCUCGAGAGCCGCGAUGCUGAAUUGGCAACUGAGGUGCCGGCGACGAAUGAGCAGCUUUCUGAAGAGGAGGCUGCUAAGAGGGGUUAUCUGCGUCGCACUAAGGCUGCCGAAGUGAGGCUCGUGAGGAAUACUAAGGUUUUGAGGGACCCUAAGAUUCAGUUCGAGGUACAGAACUGGCGGAAGGAAGAUCUACCCAAGCAUUUGCAGUAA